AUGGGAAUGGUGGUUGACUCAAUAUCAUCAACCCCACAACACUUCUCUGUUAGAACCAGCAAUCAUGGAAGGGCAAUGUCAACUGCACCACCGCGUCCAGAUAUUAAGAAUAUCGAUUCUUGCAGUGAUGGCUUUUCUGGUGACUGCCUCAGUUAUUCUGUUGAAGAUGAAGAAGAUGGUUCUAAUGAUGAUAGGCCUACAAGAACUAUAAGCUAUGAAGCCCUAAAAAGAAAUAUGGUUCCAUGUGGUCAACGUGGACAUUCGUAUUACUAUUGUGGUAUAUCUGGGCAGGCUAAUCCUUAUAGGCGUGGCUGCAGUAUCAUCACACGUUGUGCUAGAUCUACUGAUUAA